AUGAGCUCGGCAGCAGCCCAGCAGAACGCGCGGCCAGACAGUGCCAAGGCGCCUGGCCGCGCAUCAACCAUUUUCGGGCGCUUGGGAGCCGCCUCUGCCCCAUCGGCCAGCACUCAGGCUGCUCAAGUACCAGAGUCGGCGAGCACAAAGGCGGCAGUGGACGCGUCGGCCAAGCAGCGGCGGUCACAGAGGUUUGGGGCCAGCCUGCAGGACAUCCAGGUGCCAGGGGGACUCGGCUCCAGCCAGGGUGCCGCGUUUGGUGCGCAUGCUUUCGCCCCCUCCAGAGAGCCGUCGCCAAUAGGGCGGGCCAGCCCAGAGCCCAUGGGAGACGAUGCAGACGCUGGCCCUGGCAUAAUGGAUGAUGACGGGGGGGGCAUCCAGCAGGGCACCAUACAAGGCACCUGCACUGACAUGUGCCCGGCGUCGGAGAUCGAGCGGCGCAUGCGGAUCGAAGACAUCUCCUCGUUCGAGCGGAUGGUGCCGACCCGCGCCGAGACCACCACGGAGCUGGCCGUCAAGAAAUUCGCCCGUAAUAUAGAGCAGAGACCGGAGAACUUCCGAACGAUGGAAGCGCUGCAGCGGACGAUGGCGCACCUACGUGCGAUCAUGGACCGGCAGGACUCGCGUCUGGUCGAGAUCCACAAGUUUUUGUGGGACCGCUUCAGGGGCGUCCGCCAGGACCUCUUCGUCCAGGGCUUCGAGGGGCCGGACGCAAUUAAGAUGUAUGAGGAGCACAUCCGGUUCAUGAUCCUGGCGGAGCACGAGCUGUGCGAGGAGACCACGGCCGCCGCAGACCAGGAAGCCUUCAACAGCCACCUCAACCUGGAGCAGAUCAACAAGGCAUUGAUAUCGCUCAAUUCGAUGUACGAUAAGCAGCGCGCAAAGGGGACGCCCAUGGCGACAGAGGUGGAGUUCCGGGCAUACCAUCUGCUCACGCUCAUCGGCACCCACGGCCGCUAUGGCUAUAAUUCUUCAGAGUACCAGAAUGCCCUCUCGGACCUGUGCCCGGAGGUGCUGCUGCACGGGGAGGUGCAGCGGGUGCUGGCCAUGCAGCGCGCUCUGGACAGCGGCGCAUGGGUCGCCUUCUUCCGCCUGGCCACGCACGCCCCCUACCUGCAGGGCUGCCUCGCCCACAUGUACUUCCGCGGCGUCCGCGCCAAAGCGCUGACAGUUCUCGCCUCCACAGGGUCUGGUCCGGCCAGCAGGGGCCUGGAGUACUCCCUAGGAAAGCUGAAGAACAGCGUCCACCUCAACUCCCUGAAAGAUGCUGCUGAGCUGUGCGAAGCCGCCGGGCUGGAGGGCUUCAAGGCAAACUCCGACAACGUGCCCCGGCGGCGCUCGCACGCCAUCAGCGCCAAGGCGCAGCCGCUGCGGAGCCAGGUCGCGCAGAGCAUCGUGCCCGACCCCCGAGCCGCGGCACAGGCGCAGGCGCUCGCCCAAGAGCAGAUGGAACGCCUGCUCGCUAGGCGCACACAGCAGGAGGCAGAGGCUGCAGAGCGGCAGCAGGCGCAGCAGCAGGCGAUGGAGGCUGCACGGCAGCAGGCCGCUGCAAGGGCGGCUCAGGAGCAGGCCGCCAGGGAGGCAGCACAGCGCGACAGAGAAGCCCAGCAGGCCGCUGCAGAGAGGCAGGCGGAGUUGGUGCGCCAGCAGCAAGCGGCUGCCGAAGCGGACCGGCUGCAGCGUCAGCGGGACCGCGCUGCGGCCGAGGCUGAGCGGCUUGCGAAAGAGCGGCAGCGCUUGCUCGAACAGCUGCGCCAGGCCGAGGAGCGCGCGCAAGCAGCCGCUGCCGAGGCCCGACGCAGGGAAGAGGCCAGGUGGCAGGCUGAGUUGGAGGCCAGGCGAGCAGAGCAGGAGAGGCAGCGGCGCGAGCGUUUGGAGCUCGAGCGGCUAGAGUUGGAACGCCGUCGCCGCCAGGAGGAGGGGCUGAGGGCGGUGGCGGCCAAGCGGCUGUGGCGGCUGGUGCGGCAGGCGGCGCGGCUGUGGGCGGCCGCGGUGCAGCGCGCCAGAGAUGCCCGCGCGGCAGAGGAGCGCCUGCUCAACGCCCUCAAGCGCGUCAACGUCGGCAUGCAUGCCCGGCCUGUUGGGCCCUUCAGGAGCCCCUCUGCUGCACCUCUGCCAGAGGUGGCGGGCAGCAGGGUAGCGCAGUGCAGCACGACAGAGAGGGCGGCAGCCAUGCGCGAGCUGCUAGUCCCUCUGGACCCGUCGCGGCUGCUCGGGCCGGCGCUGGCCGCGCGCAACCCGGCAGCCGCCGUCCUCUUCUGGAAGCUGGUGCUGCUGCAGGGCCUUGCCGGCGCACUGGACUCCUCCCAGGAAUGGCUGUGGUCCAAGCUGUCGCUGAACAGGGACUUGAAGGACACUGGAGCCCAGAGCAUGCCAUGCACCGCUCUGAGCAGCCUGCGAGAGGCGCUUCCUUCUGGAGGCGACCGGGUCCUGCACACUUGCGUGUGUGAUGCCAGCGCAGCAGUGGGCAGCACAGCUGGAGAACAGCAACAUCUGACUGCUGCCACUUCCGGCGUGGCAGCCAUCCUGCUGCACAUCACAGAGGGGGAUGAUCCCAAGUCUGCGCAUCAGAGGCUGCAUGCUGUGCUGGACUCCCUAGGAACCGGCGUGCAGGUACCUCUGCUGCUGGCAUCCUCCAGCACGUCCUUGACCGAGUCAGACCUGGAGCAUUGGUUAGACGGCGUCCUGGCCAGCGAUACCCAACUGUCGCAGCAUAUUGCCGAGCGGCAGGUCAUCAGCGUCGCAGCGCCUCCCUCAACCGACGCCAACCGAAGCCUCGAGCAGGGCCUCCUGUGGCUGGCCGCGCGCGCCCCAAACCAGCUCCGCCUCAAGGUGGUGGACUUGCGAGAAGCAGCGCGGCAGGAGCUGAGGGCCCGGACGGGCGCGCUCAGUGGCGACUCCACACCCGCGGUUUGGGUGGCGGCCUUCAACGAGUCCCUGGCGGCAACCGAGCGGCGCGCGACUGCCGCGGCCGCAUCGCGCGCAGCCGCCUGGCGCUGGCCGCCGCUGGAAUGCGCCGGCAUGGAGGGAACGCUGCCUGCAGACUGGCACAACCCUGCUGUGCAGGCCAGCAUCUGCCAGGCCCUGCGCAACCUGCGCCUGCCAGUCUAUCCCCGUCUGGGCGCCCAUGAAGAUGUUGCGCGGAAGGUGGCGGAGUACGUGCAGGAUGCACUGGGAAGCGCGCCCGCAGGCGGCGACUGGAGACACGUCCUGUCGGAGGCCUUUGUGCGGCGUCUGUUUGCCCUGGAGGCGGCCAACCUGCAACCAGCAGUCAUGGUGGACGAGCCGGAGCAGCACUCACUGCCUGCGCCUUCCAAUCUCCAGCUUCCCACCAUGGCUCUAACCGGCGCUCUGUCAGAGCCGGACAGCCCGCCCCGCAAACGCAAAUGGAACGGGGGUCUGGGAGGGAUUCUGGCUGUGAAGGCAGCAGCGCAUGGCAUUCAGGCGCCCAGGUUCAGCCCGGGCGUCACAGCUCGAGUGCAGCUGCCGAGCAGCUCUGCCGCAGCUGCGUCCCCGAGCAGCGGCGCCGGCAUGGCCGACGUGUUCGCAGGCGUGCCCUCCAGCGCCGAUGAGUCAGCGCGAUGUGAGCGCGCCGGUGCUGCGCGCAGACUGGCGCUGCUGCAGCAGGACAUUGAAGCAAGGCUGCAGAGUAAUGAGCGCCUGGCUCAGGGACUCGACAAUGUCUCAGUUAGCCCGGGUGCCCACGUAAGUGGUGAGCAGCAGACGCCUGAGCGGCAGCCGCAGAGUGAGAUAGACAAGGAGCGCGCACUGACGGCCUUCCUGGAGCGAGCAGUGAUGACUUGCUAG